CGCCGAUGGACAGUCUCAAUCACCAGAAAACGAAGUCAAAACUCCAAGUCAGUCUUGAAUCUACCUCCAUCGCGUCAUAGUGACCAUGUCGACAAGCUCACCAUUCGUCGUACACCACGGUUCUUGCCAUUGCAAGGCGGUGCAGUUCGAUUUCGAUGCGCCGAGCGACUUGGUGCAGACGAAAUGCAACUGUUCCAUCUGCACCAUGAAGCAGAACGCCCACGCUAUCGUUCCCAAAUCCCGUUUCCGCCUGCUACAGGGCGAGGAUAUGCUGACGCAAUACACGUUCAAAACUCACCAGGCCAAGCACCUAUUCUGCAAAAAGUGUGGCGUACAGGCCUUCUACAUCCCGCGCAGCAACCCAGACGGAUACGCGAUCACUGUCGCUUGCGUGGAUCCGGCUACGAUCACGAGCGUCGUCACCAACACCUUCGACGGGCAGAACUGGGAGACGUCGUUCGAGGCCUCCAACAUAGCCAGCUACUCCAAGGAAUAGACUGCGUGAAUAGUCAAGUACUAGGCAGAAUAAUAAAUUUUGCGGAUUGUCAUCUUUAUAUUGAUUCAGGUGCCAAUGUG